AUGUUGGUGGUGGAGGUGCUGGUAAUGGUGGAAGGGAUGGUAGUAGAGGAUGGUAUCCACAGCACAGGGAACAGCAUAUGCAAAGGAUCUGUGAAAAACCUGACUAACAUUGAUCUUUGUCAGUGUACACUUGGUUCUUUACUUAACUCUUAUCAGAGGCCAGAAAAGGUAACAUACUUGAAUUUAUCCAGUGUCAAAAUAUACAAUCUAACACUCAAUGUUUCCCAGACACUAGGCAUAUUAGAUGUUAGCCAUAUGUCUUUUAUUUUGUCACAUCUUAAAGAACUUUACAUUUUCAGGUACAUGUCGAAGAUGCUCCCAGGUACUUCCUCCUUGGAAAGUAAACAAGAAAAUAAAACUUUCUCUAAGGAGCAACUUGAUUCUUUUCAAAAACUGAAGACUUUGGAAGCUGGUGGCAACAGCUUCAUUUGCUCCUGUGACUUCCUGUCUUUCAUGCAGGGGCAGCAGGCCCUGGCCCAGGUCCUGUCGGACUGGCCAGAAGACUACCUGUGUGACCCUCCAUCCCCCGUGCGGGGCCAGCGCGUUCGGGACACCCGGCUCUCACCUUCUGAAUGCCACAGGGCAGCCGUGGUGUCUGCCGUGUGCUGUGCCCUUUUCCUGCUGCUCCUGCUUGCGGGGGUUCUGUGCCACCGUUUCCAUGGACUGUGGUACGUGAAGACGAUGUGGACCUGGCUCCAGGCCAAGAGGAAGCCCAGGAAGGCUCCCCGCAGGGACAUCUGCUAUGACGCCUUUGUGUCCUACAGUGAACGGGAUUCCUACUGGGUGGAGAACCUCAUGGUCCAGGAGCUGGAGCACUUCAACUCUCCCUUUAAGUUGUGUCUUCACAAGCGGGACUUCAUUCCUGGCAAGUGGAUUAUUGACAAUAUCAUUGACUCCAUUGAAAAGAGCCACAAAACCAUCUUUGUGCUUUCUGAGAACUUUGUGAAGAGUGAGUGGUGCAAGUACGAGCUGGACUUCUCCCAUUUUCGUCUCCUUGAUGAGAACGAUUCUGCUGCCAUUCUCAUUCUGCUGGAGCCCAUUGAGAAAAAGGCCAUCCCCAGCAGGAAGGGUUUCAGUUGA